UUAAAUAAAAGUGGAGUGCAGAUGAUGACGUAUAGACUGCAUGCACGCACACUAAAUUACAUUUAUUUUACACGCACUUCAGUCGUGGUCCAGGUGCUGCAUGUACACUGUGCACGGCGAGUGAAUGAGUCAUGCAAGAUGCGCAUCUCUUAAGGUUCACCACCACCUCCUCCUCUUCCUCCUCCUCCUCCUCUUUCUCCUCUCCAGCAUCAUCAUCAUCAUCAUCAUCCUCAUCCUCAGCAGCAGCAGAAGCAGCUCCGGCACCGAACCCCACGGAGGGAGGCAUCCACUCGUCUCUCCGCCGGAUCCAUCGCGCAGAUCGAUCGUCGUUGCCUCCUGGAGAAAAUUCCCGCAGGAGCACGUAGAACUAAAAGGAGGGGGAAAAAAGUGUGGGUGGAUGAGGAAGUUCAGCGCGCGGAUUGAUGGUCGCGCAGCACUGGGCACUUUUUGGCAGCACGCGCUGGGAUCACCAUCCACCCACCAAAAACGGACUCCCGUUCUUGCCACUGUUCGGAGGUGAAAAUGCCAGUCAAGUUUUUGGUCACCCUCUUAUCACUUCUGCUCGCUCGGGGUGCUCGAUCUGAUCAGCUGGAAUAUGCAGACGACUAUGAAGAUCACCAUGAUAUCACUAUCAAUCAGAUGUUGGUGCCCAGAUCCCACCAGGCGGACGCCACGCUCAUACUCAAUAAUUUGUUGAAGGAAUACGACAAAACCCUUCGCCCAGAUAUUGGAGUCAAGCCAACAGUCAUCGAUGUGGGCAUAUAUGUCAACAGCAUUGGGCCUGUGUCAUCCAUAGACAUGGAGUACCAGAUCGAUAUUAUCUUUGCUCAGACAUGGGUGGACACCCGUCUGCGUUACAACAGCAGCAGCAUGCGGAUUCUGACCCUCAACAGCAAUAUGGUCGGCUUGAUCUGGCUGCCGGACACCAUCUUCAGGAAUUCUAAGAACGCAGAUUCGCACUGGAUCACAACACCCAAUCAGCUACUCCGCAUCUGGAAUAAUGGAAAAAUACUCUACACGCUGAGGAUGACCAUCAAUGCCGAAUGCCAGCUGCAACUGCAUAAUUUCCCAAUGGAUGAACACUCCUGUCCUCUUGUCUUCUCCAGCUAUGGCUACCCACGAGAUGAGAUUAUCUACAAGUGGAGGCGAAACUCAGUAGAGACGUCGGACCAGAAGUACUGGAGGCUUUACCAGUUUGAUUUUAUGGGGCUAAGAAACAGCACAGACAUGCUCACAACCACAGCAGGUGACUAUAUAUUGAUGACAGUGUACUUUGACCUCAGCAGAAGAAUGGGCUACUUCACCAUUCAGACCUACAUCCCCUGUAUCCUGACUGUGGUCCUAUCCUGGGUCUCCUUCUGGAUUAAAAGUGACGCCACACCUGCAAGGACGGCACUAGGUAUCACGACAGUGCUGACCAUGACGACCCUGAGCACGGUGGCCAGGAAUUCAUUGCCCAGAGUGUCCUACGUGACGGCCAUGGAUCUGUUUGUGACCGUGUGCUUCUUAUUCGUCUUUGCUGCUAUGAUUGAAUACGCAAUGCUCAACUACUACUCCUACAGUAUACGCAGACCUCCUCCUAGGGUGCAGAGAAUGGCCUACUCAUCUUUCAAUAUGAGUCGCACACCUCGACCCAUGAUGCCCAUAGGCAACUCCCUCUUCUGGCACAACUACGAUGACAACUGCCUGUACGAGUGCCUGGAUGGAAAAGACUGCAAGAGCUUCUUCUGCUGCUAUGAGGAGUGUAAAGAAGGUGGUUGGAGAAAAGGACGGAUCCAUGUCAACAUCCGUGAGCUGGAUUCUUACUCCCGGGUUUUCUUUCCCACCUCCUUCUUGCUCUUCAACAUUGUCUACUGGGUCAGCUACCUCUACCUCUAGUUGGUCUCAGGUCUCAGGUCCAUGCUUCUCGUGAGACAGACUCCUCGUCACCUUCUGCAUCACGGCUCAUGAAUCAAGGUCAAAAGUAAAUGUGGAGGAAACGCGGUGGAUCCCUUGUAUGGGUUUAUGAAAGACAUGCUGCUUCAGGAGCAGUAUGACUAAAACGCACUGCAGUGCAUGGUAAGUAUCAAGGCUGUAGACCAAUAAGGAGGCACUUGAGAAUAAAAGCUCAGCAGUAGAACAAGCCGCCAGUAUUGUCCCAGAUGGAUAGGUACCUUUUGUGACUCUCGGAAACCAAACAACCAACAGCUGUAACUUAAGAGCCGUUGGGAAAUGAGGUUGUGUUGCUAAAUCUUGGUCGACGAGAUGGUGAAGCACCCAUAGUGCCUUCUUUAGAAAGGGUGCCACACAGAGAGACACAGCUUCAGAGAUCCCUCCAUUAUCUUUAUUACCUCAUCCAUCAUCGCGCCGCAUGCUGAGCUGUUUAUUCUUUGAAGAAGCAAAUCCGGAACACAGUUUUUGCCACUAGAGACGUUCGAAAGGAUUGCUCACCAUUCAUUUUGUAGCACAUUUAGUUUUGGUUGUACAUCAGAAUUAGUUCUAAUAACAAAAAAGGUUUUCUUAUUAUUAUGGGAAUUUUCACAGUGAAUCUACUAGUUCACACAUACGUUUGUUAAUUGUUGAAUAUGAGUUAAGAGCAGUGGUUGUCUGGUAAAAUCUUGUUUGUUAGUGAGCUUUGUUCAUGAUGCUUUACGCAGUUUCAAUGCCAAGAAGACUGAAGUGUUUUAAUGAUUGCUGGGUUACAAACACACAUGCACACAAACAUGAACAUACUCAUCUCCACACUUCACUUUAGGGAAAA